UCCGUCGAUACCUUGACCCGAGUCCAUCUACCACUGGCAUCCAUCAUCGCCAUCACCACUACCUCCACCACCACCUCCACGCAUGGCAUCUGUCCAAGACAGGGCGCGGGUGAUGGUGUGCGGCGGAUGGUGCAUAGCGGAUGGGGGAUGGGCUGCCGCCCGGGCAAUUGGCACUGAUUGGCAUCCAACCCAGCCCAGCCCAUUGGAACCGGCGGCUCGCAGCCGCAUCGCACUGGACAAGUCCUGCGAUCCGCAUCCCUCCUCUCGCGAGUCACCACUCACCACUCACCACUCACCACCGGUGCGCCAUCCACUCCGCGGCCACCUUCGAAACCAAUCUCGACCGCGGCCCAAAAGUGGAGUCCGACACGGCACUGAGUAAGGGCAGGAAAAUACCCCGACGCACGCCCACAGAGCUGCACGAAAGCAAGCAAUUCGUUGUUGGUAAGUGUGGAUUGAGCGCGCAUGAUUGUGAGCCGCCCUGCUUUCAUCCUCUUGUGCGGAGCUAUCCGAUGUCUGUCUCUUGGCCCUGCGGUGUGGUCUGCUUUUACCAUCCGGCUCCCAUCUCGCCUUUCUUCACUGCCUCAUCAAGUCUCCUGAUUCUCUGCCACACUGUUGGCAUGGACUGAAUCUUGCUCUUUUUGGGUCUCUCUACAUAGUACGAUAAAAACCUACUGAUUCCUCCUCUCCUCCCCG